GCGGCGGCGCGAAGGCAAAAAUCGGAAGGAUUAGGGUUUAAGCCAUGGCGGCCGAGGACCAGACCACGCGAGCCCCAGCCAACCCCGAGAAGACCAAGAAGCGGAAGAAGCCCAAGAAGGACAAGUGGGGCCAGCCCAUCGCCGCCGCGGCCGACGAGCCGGCGGCGCAGCAGGUGCACGAGACACCGGAGGAGCCUGUCGCCGAGGCGGAGGGGGCCGGGGAGCGCUCGGAGAGCUAUGAGUGCGGCAAGGUGGUGGCGAGCGGCAUGCCGUACACGACCACCGAGGAGGAGAUCCGGGGGCUCUUCGACAAGUUCGGCCCCAUCCGCUCGCUCCAGCUCUCCCGCUUCCCCGACUCCGGCAACUUCCGCGGCCUCGCCUUCGUCACCUUCGAGUCAGACGAGGUUGCCAUGAAAUCUCUAGAGCUGGAUGGACACAAAAUGGGCAACAGGUUUAUGAGGGUUGAAAGAUGCAGAAUAACUGCUAGCUCGAAGAGGCAAAAGAAGUCGGAGCACCAAUCUGAUCCUGAGAAGCCCGAUGGCUGCCUCUCGGCGUAUGUUGGCAACCUCUCAUGGAACAUUACCGAGAAGGACCUGCGGGAUUUCUUCAAAUCAUCAAGGAUUGCAUCGAUAAGAUUUGCUGUUGACAAGAGGACUGGAGAUUCCCGCGGUUUCUGCCAUGUCGAUUUUGAGGACGAUGAGUCGCUUGAGAAAGCUGUAGGGAUGAAUCAGUCUGAGCUGCGGGGAAGACCUGUGAAGAUAGCGUAUGCGAUCAUCAACAGGGCCUGAAGGCUAGCUGGUGCUCAGAAUCCAGCAUUAUUGUGCCAGCGAGCUUCAGUCUUAUGGUCCAGCCCCCUAGACUGUUUCCAUAAUGUUUCUAUAGAACCUGGAGUUAUGUCCGUGUCAUUUUCACCAAAUGCUUGUCAAAUGUAAUGCUUGUGUAACAAAUGCUUAUUGGAGACAUGUUAUCAAUCUAGCAACCUUCUCUGCUCA